AUGUAUCAUAGUUUUUUGACCCAAAGAAGUAAAAUAAACUGGAUAAAGAAGGGAGAUAUGAACACAUCUUUUUCCUAUGCUUAUCUGAAGCAGAGAAGAGCAGAUAAUGGCAUUGUUUCAUUUAUUAAUGAUCAAGGUAAUCUGGUGGACAAUUUUUCUGAAGUUGUUUCUCAUUUUGUUGAGCAUUUCAGAGGCUAUUUGGGGAGCCCGAGUUCAGCUACAGGUAGUAUUAAUAUGGAUUGUUUAGAUUUGGGUCCUAAGCUCUCGAUGGAUCACCAAACAAUGCUUUUAAAACCUUUCUCUUAUAAGGAAAUUCGUAAUGCAUUAUUUGGUUUUCCCAUCACCAAAUCCCCGAGUCCAGAUGGGUAUGGCUCUGGUUUUUUCAAGGCUGCCUGGCAAGUUGUUGGGAAUGAAGUGUGCUCAGCUAUAAGUCAGUGUUUAGAAACAGGAUUGGCUUUGGUUCUUCCUGCUAUUAUUCAGCCGAACCAGGGUGCUUUUAUUAGGGGUCGUUCAAUAGCUCAUAACAUCAUGAUUUUUCAGGACCUUAUUAAAAACUAUGGUCGGGCUGUUACUUCCCCAAGAUGUGCUAUUAAGAUUGACUUAAGCAAGGCUUAUGACACGGUAGAUUGGCAAUUCCUAGAGGAUCUUUUAAAGGCUCUCUGCUUUCCUAUGAAAUUUAUAGGUUGGAUAAUGGUGUGUUUACGGAAUACUUCUUACUCUUUGCUCAUGAAUGGUAGAGUUCAAGGUACUCAUUCAGCUGUUCUUACUCUUAAAGAAAUUGUUGAGGGAUUUAGUUCGGCUACUAGUUUGGCUAUUAAUACAGCUAAGUCUCAAAUAUUUUUUGGAGGAGUUUCUGCUGCAGAGAGAAAGAUUAUAGCUCAGGAAGUUCAUCUUCCAGAAGGCUCCUUUCCUCUUAAGUACCUUGGGAGUAUUGUAAAGGAGAUAGAGAAAUUAUGUCGUAGCUUUCUUUGGGGUAGUUCUGGUAUGAGGAGUAAGCCUUAUCUUGCCUCUUGGCAGAAGGUUUGCCUUCCUAAAGCUUAUGGUGGACUUGGUUUCAGAGAUGGAGCUCUUUGGAAUAUAGCUAUUCUAGCCAAAUAUAUCUGGGCUAUAUCUGAGCAGCCUGAGAUUUUAUGGGUUAAAUGGGUCAAUACUAUAUAUUUGAAAGGCUUCAACUUCUGGAGUUACACACUGAAAUCUGACUGUAGUUGGUAUUGGCGGAAGUUAUGUCACAUUAGGGAGAAAUUUGGUUAUUCUGAGAUACAGGCAGCUGGUUGUCUUGGGAGAUUCCAGCCUUCCAAAUUGUACAAUUGUGCUUUAAACCAGCAGCUUGUGGGCUACUACCAUGCAGUUUGGAGUAAGCUUAACUUACCAAAACAUAGAUUCCUCCUUUGGCAGGUGAUUAAUGAACAACUUCUUACCAGGGACAAUCUAAUUCGAUUGCAUAUUCAGGUGCCAAUCCUGUUAUGUCCGGUCUGUGGGAGUUAUUCCGAGAAUCACCAUCAUCUUUUCUUUGCUUGCAGUCUGUCUAAGUAA